GACGAGCCGAGUGUAGACGCGAGUGCCAGUGCGGACGAUACGGAUGUUGUACGAGCAAGUGUAACGAAAAAGGAACCGUGUUAGUUGCGAUACGAACCUUCAAUUUUAUUCAAUUUUUGCCUGCUUGUCACUCCAGGCUAGUUUCAUUAUUUUUGUUAAUUGUGUAAGAAACGGUGAUCGCGAAUGACAUGAUUACUGAGGUCAUCGUAUGUUCCCUGUCUGUAUCUUUACACCUUUUCUCUCGUCGGUCCUUCGUCUCGUUCAGCCUCGAAUUUUAACCGACUCAAAACUGGUUGGUUACUGUAUCGUGUGUUCGAUAAUAUUCUAUACAAUGUGAACAGUAUCGAAAGCAACAGUGACGGUGACGAUGACAGUGUAACUACUGACGUUUGGUUUCGAAUCAACUGUAACUCGUGUGUAUACAACCAGUUGCCUGUUGCGUAACAGUUGUUUUACGUUGUCUCCUCGUCACCUCAGGUUCGACAUUCGCUGGACACUGCGUUUCACCAAUUAUUUGCAAAAUUGGAUACAAUUCGUUCAAUCGACUGCUGUGACGUGAGAAACAGAGAAAAAGCAAAAAUAAAAUCAUAAGCAGGAUAGUCUCCAAAAAUGGCAGCAGGAACGUGUCAAUCAGUUUGAAGAAAAACUAAAAGAAUUAUAAAAAUGGUGCUUGUGGUAAACGGAGUCCUACAAGAGGACAUUCCAACGGAUAGCAGAUCUCUGUAUGCAGCUCAUCCAGUAUAUCGUGAAACUGCAGCACAACUUCAUUCGAUGCCAGCAAAAUUAGUGGGUCCAAUGGGUCUUCUUUACGUACGCCAACGGGAAAUGGCCGCUACUUUGCCACACGACAAAAAUGUAAGCAUCAUCGGCUCGGAUGAUAUGACCACCUGUAUAAUUGUCGUCGUAAGGCAUUCUGGUUCAGGUGCUGCUGCGUUGGCCCACUUGGAUGGAGCUGGCACAGAAGAUGCGGCAGCAGCGAUGAUCCAGAGAGUAACCGAGCUUGCCCUUGGAUUUCCUGAGGGUCGUCUAGAACUACAACUCGUCGGUGGUUAUUCCGAUCCAAGAAAUUAUUCCGAAGAACUGUUUUGCAAUAUUCUUUCGGCAUUUCACAAACAGCCUGUGGAGAUCGAUCUAACUCUAUGUUGUGUAGGCGAAUUAAACACUACAGUAAGAGGUGGUAUCCAUUGGCCGGUAAUAUACGGCAUUGGUUUGAAUGUAAAAACAGGCGAGAUUUUCCCUGCAACCUUUCCUGAUAAGGGACCCGAUCAAGCGCUGAGAUGCGCUAGGCAUUUAACUGGAGGUCAACAAGUUUUGGAUGUUUACGACUGUACACUUGGUUUACUCAGAAUCGGACCAUUCAACUAUGAUCCUUUAAGAGGAGUCGACCUUUGGUUAGCACAAUCCGAUCAAUUUAUUCUACAACAUCUUUCGACUGCGCCGGAAGUCGAACUGCCACAUUUUGUAUCACAGGUACGCGCUACGCUCAAAUAUAUACAGGACAAUCAAUUUCCGGCUGUCACCGUCUUCCGUGAUAAUAGACCCCAUUAUUAUCGUCGGGACGAAACCACCGGUAUUUGGCAACCCAUACGAUAUUGAUAUUGAUUAUUCAAAUUAUACAUAAAGACUUAUAAGAAAAAUAUCACUAAAGUGGCGACUAGUGAAAUUUCUUCCUGAUAACACAAGAUUCCACAAAUACGAAGAAAUAAUGAAUCGAAGAAAUUUUGUUACGAAAACUCUCUUCUGUAAUAACAUGAAUCAGUAUGAUGAUUUGUUUAUAUCAUGUGUUUUAUAUUAUCUGGUAUUGUUAAUGAAAUAUGUCUUUUUGUGUUUAUUAUUUCCAAAAUAGGCGUACAAUAUCGCUGAAUGUGAUAUAAAGGCAUAUACGAUUUAUAGUUUAUUUCAUUUUUUACCUAUGAUAUUUAAAAAUAAGACGUACAACAACUGGUCUUUCGAUCUUUACAACAACUAAUUUGAAAGCGCAACGAUAAAAAAAGAAAGAAGAUAAUUUUGUUAGAAUAAUACUUUUGGAUGAUUAUUAUUAAGCACGGUAAUGUAAGAGUUUAUACUCUCCGAUGGAGUGAGAGUGAGAGUGAGAGUGAGAGAGAGAGAGAUGUGAUUGUUAAUUCCUUUAUUUUUUAUUUUCUUUUCCAAGAAAUCUUUAUAAUAAAUUAAAGAUUGUUAUAUACAACAAUUUCAGUUCGAAAUGCUAUCGUAUUUUUAGAUAUAUACAUUUUCUUCGUUGUUUUUUUAUCCGUUUAACAACAAUAUACAAUCGUAACACUUUAUUUUUAAUGCAAGAAAAUAUGAAGAUUUAUAGCAGAAUUGAAACGAUUCGAACUUUUUUUUUGCAAAUAUUUUGUACGUAACUCGUGUUUCAAAUUCACAUGCAAUGUUGCACGUAAUUUUCUUUUUUCCUCGCAAUGCAAAAUAGACGAGUUAGCGAAUGAACAUUUAAUAUUUUCUAUAAAAGCAAAACGUUUACCAAAAAGCCAGAAAAAUCAAUAGUGUUGUAAAUAAUUACAUAUAUUGAUGUUGCUGGUUUUGCAAAGAAAGAAUAUUUUAUUAAUUGAAAAAAAAUGAAAAAAAGAAAAAAGUCUCAUAAUCUGUUAUUUGAGACUGUGUAUAUAUAUAUAUGUCUACUCUAUUAUUAUUCUCUAUUCACUUCUUCAAAGAAUAGAUAAUUCAGAAACAAAUAUUUUGUGGCAAUACUGUAGGUAAAAUAUUAAUUUGAACAUCCUAUUCGAAUAAUUUCGUUAUGUAAAUGAUUAGAACUUGAAAUGAUUUAAUGUACAGAUUGUGGGUUAUAUUGGAAAAGAAAUAAAUGAAAACAAUUACGCUUAUUCUUUACAAUGGUGUGCUAUGACUGAAUAAGAUAAGUUACUUUUAUAUGAAAACAGUAAACAAUUUUCAUUAUUCUCCAUUAUCUUAAUGAAACAGUAAUUAUAAAAAGAUUUUAAAGAAAAGAUAUAUAUAUAUAGCUAAAUGACUUUACGUCGCUGCUUACAUGAUCUAGUAAAAAUAUAUAUAUAUAUAUAUAUAUAUAUAUAUUUUAUUACAUCAUGUAAGUAGCAACGUAAAAUCAUUUAGCUUUGUGAUGCUUGAGACUCGUAACCAUUAGUAAUAGCACUAACCGUUGAUAUUAAUAUUAAUAUUGAUAUAAAUUGUGAUUUAAAGUGAGAAAAUACUUAAAGAAAAAUGCUUACUAAAGAAAACUUAUAUGUAACAAUUAUCCAUCGGUUCAAUUAAUAAUAUUUUACAGACUUGA